UCGACAGCUCUCCAGGUCGGCAGCAGCUGUUCGCUCUUCUGAGAAACACAGAAACAGAAUGAGGAGCUCGUGGUAGUUUCUCUCUGAGGCAACUGGAGAUAAAAAAAAAAAGAAAGUCAUAAGAGAUUAGUUCCAGGCCGUUGGGACGCCAUGUCUCCGCUGCAGCUGUCCGUCUACUGGCGCCUCUCACUCGUCUUCUUCUUCACCUCGUUCCUCUUCUUUCUCGACGUCUUCACGGCCGCCAUCGUGGCGGCCUCUUGUAGCCAAGGCAACGGCACAGGUGGCGGCGGCGGCGGCGGGACGUUGGUGCCUAACGCCGGCGGCAACCAAUCACGGCCCGGGGAAGCCUCGGAGAGCGGGAACCGAGACUCAGUGUGUGAUUGGUCAGACUGGUUGGCGUUCGGUCAGACGUUCUUCAUGGUCGGUCUGCUGCUGGGCUCGCUGCUGGGCGGAGCCAUCUCCGACCGGUACGGGAAGCGCACGGUGCUGCUGGUGUGCGUGUACGUGCACGCCGUUUGUGGGCUGGUGCCCGCCUUGCUUCCUCAGCCCGUCCUCUACCUCGCUGUCCGCUGUGUGACCGGCGUCUGCUGCUGCUGCAUCAACAUCUGCUCCUUCAGUCUGGCCGUGGAGUGGACGCCGCCGGCCGCUCGCCUCUGGCCGCCGGCCUUCCUGCCGUUCUGCUUCAGUCUGGGGACGAUGGGCGGAGCUCCGCUGGCCUGGCUCAGCCCCACCUGGAGACGGCUGCACCUGACGCUGGCUCUGCCCCAGCUCGUCUGUCUGCCGCUCUACCUUUCCAUCCCAGAGUCUCCUCGCUGGUUGCUGCUAAGGAAGAGGAUGGAUGUUUUGGAACGUUACCGUGACAACAGCCCUGCAGACAAACAGUGUCUGGACUUGCUGCUGGACUCGGCGUGGUCCGACAUGCAGAAAGCCACCGAGGCUCAGAAGGAGCAGUCACCUGGAGGCCCCGCCCCCAGUGACAUCAUCCACCUGAAACACCCCACCGUCCUUCUGCGGCUCUCCAUCAUGAGCUACCUCAGUGCUGUGUCAGCGUUGACGUACUUCGGCAUCUGCAUGAACAUCGGCUCUUUUGGCGUCGGCGUCUACUCCGCCCAGUUCUUCUCCGGCCUAUCAGAGGCUCCCUGCUUGCUCGUCCCAUUGGUCCGCCUGGGACGCCGGCCAAUCAGCAUGCUCGCUUUGUUCCUGAGCGGAGCGGCCUGCUUCCUGUCGUUACUGCUGUCCAGAUACAACGGCGAGCCGGUGCUGGUGAUGAGUCUGGCUCUGCUGGGGAAACUCUGCAUCCUGGCUGCAGUCUUCAUCUCCAUCCUGUACAGCAUUGAGCUGUUCCCCACUGUGGUCAGACAGCGGUGCGUGUCCUUGGUCAACCUGUCCUUCCGGGUCGGCUGCUUGGUAAACUCCCUCGUCCCCUCCACUCCAAAUGGUGCGAUCUCAUUGGCUGCCAUGGUCGUGUACAGCAGCGGACCAAUCAUAGGCUGCGGUUUGUGUCUGCUGCUGCCGGAGACCAGCGGCGUCCCGCUCCCUGAUUCGGUGGAGGACUGUGACAGGCAGCCUCGGCCCCGCCCACCCAGCAUGGGCGCCCUCUGGAGGACAUGGAAGCUGGUGAGCAGCCAAACCAGGAAAGCUGAGACACUCCCUGCAGAGAAAGACGACACGCACACACCAAACACACACACUGGACUGAUAUAAACACACACACACACACACACACACUGGACUGAUAUAAACACACACACACACACACACUUUUUUUUAAAAUUUAGUUUAAACUUUAAUGAACAGAUUUAAUUGUUUUGUUAGUGUUUACUCCUGAUUUUAAAUUAAAGACCAAAAAUGGCCAUGAUGACGAUGAUGUCAUGUGACAGGCUGCUGGAGGAUUUCCUACUCUUUAGAGGACGUCUGUGUUUAAUUAGUUUUGUUUUUCUGCUUUCACAACGGUCAAAAAUAAACUGAACUAAAAUGUAGUUUUCCUCCUUUGUUGCUGAAGAAGUACUCAUGUACUACAAGCUGUACUACUACAGGGUAAACCAUUAAAAGUAUGUACUUAAGUAGAAGUACAGCGAUGGAAGAAGUACUCAGAUAGUUUACUUAAGUAUUCUAAAAAUACUCCAUUAUAGGUAAAGAAGUAUAAGCAUCAAAAUGUACUUAAAGUACAAAAAUGAAAAUUACUCAUCUUGCA